UAGCCCCUGCGUCCUCUGCGGGGUGAGCGGAUCAGGACGCCGAGCGAGGCCGAGGAGCGCCUCGCGUCCUUACCGCCACCAUGCCGGACCCCUGGGACAAGGAUGUGUACCCCGAGCCCCCUCGCCGCACGCCGGCCCCCUCGCCGCAGACGUCGCUGCCCAACCCCAUUACCUACGUGACGAAAGCCUUCGAGCUCAUCGUGGACCGGCCCGUGACCCUAGCGAGAGAGUUCAUAGAGCAACAGCAUGCCAAGAACCGCUCUUACUACUACCACCGGCAGUAUCGCCGAGUGCCAGACAUCACAGAGUGCAAGGAGGAUGACAUCCUGUGCAUCUACGAGGCUGAGUUGCAGUGGAGAAGGGACUACAAAGUUGACCAGCACAUUGUCAGCAUCAUCCAGGAGAGGCUUAAGGCCUGUCAGCAGAGGGAAGGAGAGAAUCACAAGCAGAACUGUGCCAAGGAGCUGGAGCAGUUCACCGAGGUGGCCAAAGCCUACCAAGACCGCUAUCAUGACCUAGGAGCCCAUUAUUCUGCCAGAAAGUGCCUGGCAAAGCAAAAGGAGAGAAUGAUGGCAGAGAGAAAGGCUAAGGAGGCUGCCGCCGCCUGAAUGCUCCACCUGGAUUAUCUCAUUGCAAAAUAAAAUGGUAUAUACACUG